AUGUCACGUGAAAUUAAUAAGAAUUAUCUCAAAUUUGAUAAAAAAAAAGGUCGAAAUGGAAUCAGAGACAUUCCCGAUUCUACUACUCCAAUGCGUGCCUCAUAUGAACAACAAUGGCUUUUGGACGAUGGAACUCCUAAGCAUUUAGAUCCUUUAGAUUUAUUGUAA